AAGAAAGCCUCAAGAUUCGAAAUCCAAGUUAGCAGCCAUAACUUUGCCACGCACCGCUCUUCGGAGAGAAAAUGGCGACGGCCAUGAUUGCAUCACAAGCAUUACUCUGCAACCACUCUUUUCCAGUGAUUAAACCCUAUACUCUAACAUCCUCCGUCUCUCCUUUCCGAUUCUGCAGACCACAACAACCAUUGCUCUCUCCUUCAAUCUCCACCCCCACUCCCUUCUCACCCUCACCCAAUCGCCGAUUUUGUUCUCUCAGUCGCCCCGCCGCUCGCCGGAAACCCACAUUGAUGGAUUCUGCGGGCUUAUCCGACGAGGGUGAUUCCGAUGUCCGACGGUUGCUUCGAAUUCUGCUCUGGGCUACUGAGGCCGUUUACAUUUUGUGGCUGUUUAUCCUUCCUUAUGCCCCGGGAGAUCCUGUAUGGGCAAUAAGUUCAGAAACUGUGAAUUCUCUUCUGGGUCUUUCUCUGAAUUUCUUCCUUAUAUUGCCUGCUAUGAACUCUGUGGGCAUUCGUCUGAUCGAUGCUCCUGUUCUUCACCCUAUGUCUGAGGGAUUGUUCAAUUUUGUCAUCGCGUGGACGCUCAUGUUUGCUCCCCUGUUGUUCACUGAUCAAAAGAGGAACCGGUACAGUGGUUCGUUGGACUUAUUGUGGGGCUUGCAGAUGUUCCUUACGAACACCUUUUUGAUACCUUAUAUGGCCAUCCGGCUUAACGAGGCUAGCAAAGGCUCCACCCCGCAACCACAGUCGAAGCUGGGCUCUUUGAUGACUAAUGGAGCUCCUGUCGUUGGACUGAUCGGUGGUGCAACAUGCAUCAUAUCAAUAAUCUGGUCUUUCGUUGGUCGAGGAGAUGGUAACUUUGGAGGUGUAGCAGAGAGAUGUGAGUUCUUGAUCCAAUAUCUAUCUUCAGAGAGGUUAGCUUAUGCAUUUAUUUGGGAUAUUUUCCUUUACACUGUUUUCCAGCCUUGGUUGAUUGGAGAAAACCUUCAAAAUGUUAAGGAUAGCAAGGUUGGACUUGUAAGCUCUCUUAGAUUUGUUCCUGUUGUUGGCUUAAUUGCCUAUCUUCUUUUUCUUAAACUUGAUGAGGAAUUAUAGUAUCAGCUUGUAUGUAAAAUAAACAAAAAGUAAAAAUUAGUUAAACUGGGUUUAUUUCUCAA